CUUAAUUCUAAGAGACAGAUACUUAGUUGGUGCUCGUUCCUUCACAGGGCCAGUAACUACAGAACGACAUGGACUUCAGGGCUUUGAUUCUUUCCGCCAUAACUGUGCAUUUAUGUUUGGUACCUGCUUCCGUAUAUGCACAGGAAUACGUAACGGUGAACAUACAAGAGGGUACCUUGAGAGGUGAACUGUCUCAAACAUUCACCGGCAACCCCAUAUAUCGGUUUCAGGGGAUCCCGUAUGCGGAGCCUCCUGUUGGCGACCUCAGAUUUCAGCCGCCCGUCACAAAGGCAGCCUGGUCCGGAGAACGAGACGCCCUGAAGGCGUCUUCGCAGUGCCCGCAGUUCAGAAGCAACGCGCUGUCCGGCAGCGAGGACUGCCUCUACCUCAACGUCUACGGUCCAGGGACUCCGGCGCCGACCGACUCGCCGAAAAGCGUUAUUGUUUGGUUCCAUGGCGGAUGUUUCACACGAGGAAUUGGCAGCUCCGUAACACCAGACUAUUUUGUUGACAAUGAUAUCAUAUUCGUCGGCACCAACUACCGGCUGGGAGUGCUAGGUUUCAUAAGCACUGGAGACGAGGUGGUGCCCGGGAACAUGGGCCUCAAGGAUCAAGCGGAGGCCCUGCGCUGGGUCCAGAGGAACAUUGCGGCCUUCGGCGGAGACCCGAACCGGGUCACGCUUCUGGGACAGAGUGCGGGAAGCGCCUCCGUCCACUACCACGUGCUCUCGCCGAUGAGCGCAGGUCUAUUUAAGAACGCCAUAGGAAUGAGCGGAACCGCUUUAAGUCCUUGGGCAUUCUCCAAAAACGCGACGGACAGGACAAUACGGUUUGCCAAAUAUUUGGGAUACACCGGGUCCACUUCAACGGAGCUCCUAGCCUUUAUGAAAACUAUCGACUGGACCAGACUAGUUGUGGACGCCAACAACGCUCUGUCGGAAGAGGACAGCACGAGUCUGUUCACCUGCGUGUGGGUGCCCAGCGCUGAACCGCAGCACGACGGGGCGUUCCUGACGGAGCAGCCUGCUACCCUGGUGGCUGAGGGCCGCUACAACCUGGUACCCUACAUGGCGGGCGUCACAGAUCUCGAGCUGCUAUCACAGACCCAUAGUGGUGGGAUACUUUCUACAGAGGAACAAAUAAAUAACUUGAACCAAAACUUCGACGAAAUUGUCGCUUGUGACAUACGACUUCCAACGAGACAGGAGCAGCUGAAUGGGGCUCAUUCUGUCAAGCAGUUUUACUACAACGGAAGUGACAUUACAGUGCAGGACAGUUACACUACGACACUGAUGACUUCUCACCUGUACUUCACGGAAGGUGUCGACACUGUCAUUAGAAGCAUGUCCCGCUUCUCCUCACAGCCGGUGUUCCAGUACGAGUUUACAUUCGUCGGCCCUCUCAACGCAUAUCCAAGUGGUCCAGGGGCAGCUCACGCUGACGACGCGAGUUACUUAUUCUUUUCAUCAGACCUCGACCCUACAUCAGACGGCGCUAUCAUUAGAGAUCAAAUGACAGCAAUGUGGGCCAACUUCGCUAAAUACGACAAUCCAACGCCGGAACAGACGUCACUUCUCACAGAGACGUGGAACGAGUACGACGAAUCCUCGAAGAAUUUUCUGGAAAUAACAGCACCACUGAAAAGCAGAACUAACUUGUUUGGCCCAUACAUGGACUUUUGGCACAGCCUAUUGCCACAAAAAUAAGUUUGGAUCAUCUACUGACUAAAUAUCUGUAAGCAAACAGUCAAUUUAACAUUAUCGGUGUACAUGAACUAUAGAGAAAUGGAUGACGACAAUGAUUUACAUCCCAGAGAAAAUAUGUGUAUCAUCAAAACUAACAAUGUUAAUAAAAAUUCCCUCACAGAACGCACAACUGCUUCACUAAAACGAA